AUACAGGAAAACAGAGAAUGCUGGAUUUGUGCCAGCUGCCACAGUAUAAAGCCUUGUUGCAGCCCUGUACUGUCAUUCGAGGUGUUGACGCAGCACAGGCACAUAGAAAGUCUUUUGACCAGGUUGGACUUUUAACUUUUGAAGAAUGGCAGGUCAAAUCAUAAUCCCUGUACUGCUUCUGUUGGCUACAGGUGGAGUGACAACACAGGCCCAAGGACCACUUUACCCCUACCAAAAUCUUGGAGUGAAGAGCCCCCGAUCAGAUGAUGGAAGCGCCCCUCGAUUCAACCUUCCACAGUCAAAGAGCUUUAACUUUUUUGGCCAGCAUUACUCUCAGAUUUUUUUGAACAACAACGGUGAUCUGACCUUUGAUGCACCAUGGUCUAGCUACAUUCCUGAACAAUUUCCAAGGCAUGGAGGCAGAGACAUCAUCGCUCCAUUCUGGGCCGAUUUAGAUAACACACGCAGUGGCAACAUCAGCUAUUUUCAGCGCUCAAGUGGCCCAGUUCUGCAGCAAGUUUCGGAUGACAUCAAUGUAUACUUCCCAGCCCUUUCCUUUCAUGCCAACUGGGUCUUUAUUGCAACAUGGGAAAAUGUUGCCUAUUUUAACGAGAAUGGAAAACAAACAACCUUUCAGGUCGUCUUGACCACUGAUGGGCAAUUCUCAUUUGUGCUGAUGAAUUAUGGGUCCAUAGCAAAUACAUCAAAGUCUGUACAGGCUGGAUAUGACACAGCCGAUUCCUCUCACCACUUCAGCAUCCCUGGAUCAAUGACUAAUAAUGCAGUCGGAAGCAACUCCUUUUUCAGGCUUCAUAGUAACGUCAAUGUACCUGGACGCUGGGUCUUCCGUGUAGAUCAAGGUUCAACAGGCUGCAAUUACAAUGGUCAAUCUGUUCAACUUGGCGACUCUUUCUGGAGUGACAGCACCUGUGCACAGAAGUGCACCUGUACCACAACAGGGGUUCAAUGCAUCAAUGAACCCUGCCCCUUUUCCCAAGUCUGUAAGCCAACAUCCUUCCAAUACUCCUGCAUGUCAGUGGACAGACGCACCUGCACCGUGGGCGGAGAGACCAACACCUUUGACAACGCAACAUUUCCCCUUCAGAGCACAUGCACUCACGUUCUAUCCGAGCAGUGUCAGAAUAACGUGCCCUUCUACAGAGUAGAGGGAAAGAACGAGCUUGGUGGCAGCACACAGCUUGUCAAAGUCUUUGUCUACAAUCAAACUAUUGAGCUCAAUAAAGGAGCUCCUGGUGUGGCUAAGGUCAAUGGAAACUCUCUACCAGCCCCAUUUGCCCUCAGCAAUGGCGCUAUCCGGGUUAAUCAGUCUGGUUCCUCCAUGAUCAUCAGCACUGACUUUGGAGUGUUGGUGUCCUAUGACAUGUCUUCACACGUCCGGAUCAGUGUGCCCUACACUUACCAGAACAACACAUGUGGCCUCUGUGGAAACUUCAACAAUCACCCUGAAGAUGACUUUACAACCCCACAAGGUCUGGUGGUGAGCUCUGAAGUGGUGUUUGCCAAGAGCUGGAAAGUAGCUGGUGUUGAUCCACCCGGCUGUGAAAAUGAGCCCACUACAACUACAGAGCCGCCAACAACUAGCCCCUGUGAAGAGCUGCACUGUACAGAGUAUGAGCGGUGUGGGGAGAAAGAUGGUGUGUACGGCUGUUUCUGUGAUGAGCACCACCAUAGACCCAACAAUGAGAGCUACGACUCAAACAUCACAUGCAGCAGCAGUUCAGGCAUCAUGUCGAUAUCUCGCUGCCAGCUGUUUGAAGCGGGCUUUCACUCCAGUGCUCUCCACCUUCGAAAUGAAUCUUGCACCGGGACGAUCCAGGACGGACGACUCGUGUUCCACUUUGACAACGAUGAACAUCUGUGUGGGACAACUCUGAGGAGCAAUGGAACUCACUUCAUGUAUGAGAACACCAUUCAGGGUGAUGUGGAUACUCAUGGAGGUCUGAUCAGCCGUCAGAGGACCCUUAAUCUGAGUUUCUGCUGUGUUUACCCUCUGGAACAAGCCCUGUCAAUGGCUGUGGGCAUCAAUCCAAUGGAAAGCAUUGUGGACAAGAAACUUCCUGUUGGCACCGGAUCAUAUCGUUUGAUAAUGACCCCCUAUGAAGAUGAAGACUUCCUCACGCCCUUCAGCACUAACGCAAUCAUAGGCCUUGAAAUUAAUAAAGUGCUUUUCGUGGAGGUGAAAACAGUGGGAGUGGAUGAGGACCAGCUUUCCACAAUUCUGGAAUCUUGUUGGGCCACGCCAGAAAAUAAUGCAGACCACCCCGUCCGCUGGGAUCUCAUCGAUUCACAGUGCCCCAAUCCAGCAGAUGGAACCGUAGAGGUGAUUAAGAACGGUGUCCUCCACUGCGGCACGUUCUCCUUCAGGAUGUUCACUUUUACCAACUACACAGAGAUCUACCUGCACUGCAAUGUUCACUUGUGUUCUUUCGGAAAACAACAACUGCACAGCU